AUGGAUCUUUUUCGAAGAACCACCAAGUCGGUGUCAGGCCAACUCUCCCCGACUCUUCCCAGACAUGGCGAGAAGAGGGAACCCCAGAGGCCAAAGGGAUUGGCCUCGCGCCUCGCCUUUUUCAGAAGACCGCUUCGCAUACGUGGCAACUCAUCCAUAUCCGUCCCCCUGGGAGUCGUCAUCGUCUUUCCAGUCCUCGUAGUCGUACUUAUUCUCGUCCUGUUCGUCAGGCAUCCAUCGUCCCCUGCGAGGAUACUGGUUCCCGCAGGUGCGCCGCCUGCUAUAAGAAAAAUCAGCGAAAAGCACGACAAGGUCUUCGUUACCGGCUGCCUCGAGCCCGAUACCAGCCAGCCCCGAGCCAAUGCCGCAUUUGUUAUCCUCGCACGAAACAAGGAGCUGGACGGUGUUCUCCAGUCCAUGAAGUCCGUGGAGCGUCACUUCAACCGGUGGUAUCACUACCCCUACGUCUUCCUCAAUGAUGGGGAAUUCAAUGAGACUUUCAAGGAGACGGUACAAAAAUACGCCUCGUCGACUGUUGAAUUUGGAAAGGUCGGCCCUGACAUGUGGGGAUACCCUGACUGGGUUGAUGAGAAGGUUGCCAAGGAAGGCAUUGCCAAGCAGGGUGAUGCCGCUGUCAUGUAUGGUGGGCUGGAGAGUUACCAUCACAUGUGCCGCUUCUAUUCUGGUUUCUUCUACAACCACCCUCUUCUCCUCAAGUACGAGUGGUACUGGCGUGUUGAACCCGAGAUCACCUACUUCUGCGACAUCACCUAUGAUCCCUUCCUCAAGAUGAUCGAGAACAACAAGACCUAUGGCUUCACCAUUGCCGUCAAGGAACUCCGUGAGACCGUGCCUAAUAUUUUCCGAUACGCUUCCGCCUACAAGCGCCUCAACAACUUGAAAUCCCAGGGACUUUGGGAGAUGUUUGUCGAGCCUAAGGAGGAGAAAGAGGAGGAGAAGAAAGACCCUACCCUGCCUGAGGAGAUCAUGCAGAGCGAGCCUGGCAGCAACGCUCUUCCUCCAAUCGAUGGCGAAGCUAUGGAGGGCGAGAAGUACAACAUGUGCCACUUCUGGUCCAACUUUGAGAUCGCCAAGCUCAGCUGGUUCCGCAGUAAGGAGUACAAUGACUUCUUUGAGAUGAUGGACCGUAGUGGUGGGUUCUGGAUGGAACGAUGGGGUGAUGCACCUAUUCACUCUCUCGCAGCUGGAGCACUCCUGGCCACUCGAGAUAUCCACUACUUCCGUGACAUUGGAUACCGACAUACUACCAUCCAGCAUUGCCCUGCUAACGCACCGUCACGACAACUCCCCCGAAGCCCGUUCCUGGAAAUGACGACCAAGGACGAGAAGAAGCGUCAAGAGGAAGAUCAGUACUGGGAAGACUGGGAUGAGGAGAAGGAGAACGGUGUUGGUUGCCGCUGCCGCUGCGAUACCGAUAUCGUUGACGUCGAGGGCAAGGAAGGUUCAUGUCUCCCCGAGUGGGUUGACGUCGCGGGUGGCUGGGCCAGCCCCUAA